GAGAACAUAAUCAAAGGGAACGGUGUCACUUUGCGUCAUUAGCUCCCCAUAGCUCGCCAGGACCAGUCAUAUCAUCAGGUCCAGUGUCCAGCUGCAAUGUCUUCUGACCAACCUCCUAUCACAUCGGCCUAUUAUUAUUGUUGCGCACCCCGAUAUCGCAACGGCUGCCUUAUCUAUUCUCUAUUCUAUCAAUUAAUGAGCCAUUUGGCUUCAAGAUUGCAUGCUCAUGCAAUGUCAACGACAGAUAUGAGUCCCACCACUCCAGCGCUGUUCAACGUAUAAAGGGAAUGCUGCAAUUCUUUGCAUAUCAUACCCACACCAUCGACCCUAUUAAUUACAAUGGCGCCUUCAGUUGCUGACAUUUCGCCUUCUGUCACAGACAACGUUGUCGAUCUCAAGUUAACACCCGCAAAGCAGGAUAAUGGCCCGUCAUACCCCUUCUAUUACCCCUAUUAUGAUGCGAACGAGAAGUUCCCUCCAACCCAAGUCUAUGAGCACACGGACCCUGGUGCCAAGGCGGACCGUGCUAAGCCGCACCUAUUGACACCCGAUACAAAUGUUAGCCAUCUGAGCCCUUUCCUCGGGACCGAGAUCUCCGGUGUACAAAUUUCCCAACUGAGCGAGGAAGGCCUUAAUGAGCUCGCUCUGUACGCCGCGGAAAGGAAGGUCCUUAUCUUCCGUGAUCAGGACUUCAAGGAUAUUGGUCCUGAUAGGCAAAUUGAGAUCGCCAAACACUUUGGUCGAAUCCAGAGGCACCCGACCUCCGGGAACGUCAAGGGAUACCCAGAGUUUCACGUCGUUUAUCGGGGUGUCGAACAUGACAGGCUGAAGGAGGUCAUCCCUGACGAACGCAUCAACCGCACCCAAUGGCAUUCCGAUGUUUCCUACGAGAAACAGCCCGCCGGGACCACUUUCUUCUUCGUUCUGGACCAGCCAGAAGUCGGCGGCGACACGCUCUUUGCAUCUCAGGUAGAGGCAUACAACCGCCUUUCCCCUGAGUUCAAGAAACGCCUUGAAGGCUUGCGCGCCGUACACAGCGGCUUCGAGCAAGCAGAGGCCUCCCGCAGGCGUGGCGGGAUUGUACGUCGAGAGCCUAUCCAAACAGAGCAUCCCCUCGUUCGCCGGCACCCCGUGACUGGAGAGAAAGCGCUCUAUGUGAACCAAGGCUUCACGCGGCGCAUCGUCGGCUUCAAGGCUGAGGAAUCUGAGUACCUCCUGAAGUUCUUGAUCGAUCACAUUGCGAAGGGUGCGGACUUCCAAAUUCGUGCGAGGUAUAAGCCUGGCAGUGUUGUUGUCUGGGACAACCGAGUCACUGUGCACUCUGCGACUGGAGACUUCAACCCUGGUGAGAGGAGGCAUGCGGUUCGCCUCACACCUCAGGCUGAGGUUCCGACCGAAUUGUAG